GCGGCCACUCCGGAGAGGCGAGAGGGAACGGCCCCGAAAUGGCCCGGCGAGCGGGCUCUUUGGCGGUGGGCGCCCUACACGUGGUGCGGGCCGGGGGACAGCCCUGGAGCUGGUAGCUGUCCGACGCCGGAUGGACCUUGACCUGUGCCUCGGCACUGCGUUCGUGCCAAGCCAAGACUAGCCGGGGCACGGGAGGAGCGCGCUCUAGGAGGUCGCCCGGAGCCCAGGCCGCGCUCGCCGGCGCGGCCAUGAAGAUGAUCCUGGUGCGCAGGUUCCGCGUGCUCAUCCUGAUGGUGUUCCUGGUGGCCUGCGCGCUGCACAUCGUGCUGGACUUGCUGCCCAAACUGGAGCGGCGCGCCGUGCGGCCCUCGGGGGAACCUGGUUGCUCGUGCGCGCAACCCGCGGUCGAGGCGGCGGCGCCUGGCUGGGCCAAGGCGCGGGGCCGCCCCGGGGAGCCCCCGGCCGCCUCGUCCGCAGCGGGCGACGCAGGCUGGCCCAACAAACACACGCUGCGUAUCCUGCAGGACUUUAGCUCCGACCCUUCCUCCAACCUCACAUCCCACUCGCUGGAGAAACUGCCGGCCGCAGCCGAACCGGCCGAAGGCGCCUUGCAGGGGCAGGAACCCGGCAGUCCCCGGCCCCGCGAUCCCGCGCACCGGCCACUGCUCCGAGAUCCCGGACCCCGUCGGUCGGCGCCGCCCCCUGGCCCGAGCGGGGAGAGCUCUCUCCUGGCUAGGCUGUUUGAACACCCACUCUACCAGGUGUCGGUUCCACCGCUGUCGGAGGACGACGUCCUCUUCAAUGUGAACAGCGACAUCAGGUUCAACCCCAAGGCGGCAGCUGAGAAUCCUGACUGGCCACGUGAAGGCGCUGAAAAUGAAGAAUUCUUGCCCACGGGGGAGGUGGCAGUGGACUCCUACCCCAACUGGCUUAAGUUCCACGUCGGCAUUAACCGGUAUGAACUCUACUCCAGACAUAACCCAGCAAUCGAAGCCCUCCUGCAUGACCUCGGUGCUCAGAAGAUAACCAGUGUCGCCAUGAAGUCGGGGGGCACGCAGCUCAAGCUCAUCAUGACGUUCCAGAAUUAUGGCCAAGCACUGUUCAAACCCAUGAAGCAAACGAGGGAGCAGGAGACACCCCCUGACUUCUUUUAUUUCUCUGACUAUGAGAGGCACAACGCAGAGAUCGCUGCCUUCCACCUGGACAGGAUCCUGGACUUCCGCCGGGUCCCCCCAGUGGCCGGCAGGAUGGUCAACAUGACCAAGGAGAUCCGGGAUGUGACAAGGGACAAGAAGCUGUGGAGAACCUUCUUCAUCUCCCCAGCCAACAACAUCUGCUUCUAUGGCGAGUGUUCCUACUACUGCUCCACGGAACAUGCCCUGUGCGGGAAGCCGGACCAGAUAGAGGGCUCGCUGGCGGCCUUCCUGCCAGACCUGUCCCUGGCCAAGAGGAAGACGUGGCGGAACCCCUGGCGGCGCUCGUACCACAAGCGCAAGAAGGCAGAGUGGGAAGUGGACCCCGACUACUGUGAGGAGGUGAAGCAGACACCCCCCUAUGACAGCAGCCAUCGUGUCCUGGACAUCAUGGACAUGACCAUUUUUGACUUCCUCAUGGGGAACAUGGACCGCCACCACUAUGAGACUUUUGAGAAGUUUGGGAACGAGACAUUUAUCAUCCACUUAGACAAUGGAAGAGGGUUUGGGAAAUAUUCCCAUGAUGAGCUGUCCAUUCUGGUGCCUUUACAGCAAUGCUGCAGGGUCAGGAAGUCCACCUACCUUCGGCUGCAGCUCCUGGCCAAGGAGGAGUACCGGCUGAGCCUGAUGAUGGCGGAGUCCCUGCACAAGGACCGGGUGGCCCCCAUCCUGUACCGGCCACACCUAGAGGCCCUGGACCGGCGGCUGCGCAUCGUGCUGCAGGCCAUCAGGGACUGCGUGGAGAAGGAUGGGCCCCACAGCGUGGUGGAGGAUGACCUGGACCCUGAGCACAGAGUCCCCCCCGGCAGGUAGUGACCGAGAGCCGCCGGCCUGCCAUGGAGGAGGGACAGGCGC